AUGGAUCCCGUCAAACCGGAGCAUCAAACUUGGAGCAUCUGGACCAUUCUCGCCUACUGGAGCAGCGACCUCAUGAACCUCUCAACGCUGCAGACGGCAGGUUCGAUCCUGGCGGUGGGCCUUUCGUGGAGAGAAAGCAUCCCCAUCAUGUUUGUGGGAACGACCUGCAUUGCCGUGGCCAUGGUCCUGAACGGCGCCAUAGGCAGUAGACUGCAUGUGCCGUUCAGUGUCAUUGCCGCGGGAUCCUUUGGCUACUGGUUCCGGUAUUUUGCGAUUGUGAGCCGGGCUGUUCUUGCCAUGUUCUGGCUCGGCGUCCAGUGUGCAAACGGUUCAUACUGCAUCACCAUCAUGCUGAGCUCCUGGGCUCCGUCGUACGCAAAGAUCCCCAACACCCUGCCCGAAUCGGCCGGCAUCACCUCCAUGGGAAUGUGCUCCUUCUUCCUCUUCUGGAUCCUCCAGCUGCCCAUGUUGCUCAUUCACCCCACGAAGCUCCGGCCGCUGUUCUACGUGAAACUUGUCGCCACCCCGGCUGUCGUGCUUGGCACUCUGGGCUGGGCGGUCAGGAAGGCCGGCGGCGGCGGCGAGAUCUUCAAGCUGCAGCCCGAGGUCCCCAAGGGGACGGCGCAAUACGCCUGGCUCUGGCUGAGCUGCAUGUCCAGCGUCACCGGACAAUGGGCAACCAUGGGGGUAAACAUCCCCGACUUCCUGCGGUACAGCAAGAGCCCCAACGGGCAGCUGGUGCAGCUUCCGUUCGUCCCCUUCGUGUUCACCUUGUGCGGCACCAUGGGCAUCAUCACAACAUCGGCGACUAAGACGUUUCACGGAGAAUAUCUCUGGAACCCCCUUGAUAUCAUCAGUCUCUGGUUGGAAAACGGUUCUGGCGGUCGCUGUGCCGCUUUCUUUGCGGCGCUCGCAUGGUUCAUCGCGACGGUAGGAACCAACGUCACAGCCAACUCCAUUAGCGCGGCCAACGACUUGACCAUCAUGUUCCCGCGCUACAUCAACAUCAAGCGGGGGUCGUUGGUUGCAGCGGUGAUUGGCGGCUGGGUCCUUGUUCCUUGGAAGAUCUUGGCCAGCGCGGCCACCUUUCUCAACUUCAUGGGCGCCUAUGCCGUCUUCCUUGCACCCAUCAGUGGAAUCCUCGCAGCGGACUUCUGGAUUACCAAGCGCCAGCGAUACGACCUGCCCGGGUGCAACUGGCGGGCCUUUGUUGCCUUCAUCGUCCCUGUGGCUCCUAGCCUGCCCGGCAUGGCGUUGGCUAUCAGUGGUUACCCAGCGGUCAAGAUUUCUGCCGGUGCACAACACCUGUACACCUUUGACUGGCUCUUUGGCUUCGUGGUGUCCAUCUUCCUGUACACCACUCUGAGCUGGCUCGUCCCUGCAAAGGAUACGUUGGUUGAGCGGACAAUCUGGACCAAAGAUGGAGCCGACAUUGAAGGGACCAGCCAUGGCAGCGACGUCGAGAACCCCAAGUUGCCGGAGAAGGUGCACAUGACAGCGAAAGAUGAGCCAGACGCUCCUGAUAGCAAGGUCUUGUAA